UCACACACGCGCCCUGACGCCUCCCCUGUUGAUGUUCUGCGCUUGCGCAGUUUGGUGCUUUCAGAAACGCAGCCGAGGUACCGAGCCGCUCUCACUGGAGCCGAACCGAGAAAAACAUCCACAGGCGGUUUGAUCCGACCCGCUAAAACCGGGAGGAAUUUCUCCUCGAGCGGAACCGGCCCGGUCCGGCUCGGUGCGCUGACAGUCCGGCUGGAGGAGACGAACCGGGCCGAGGCAGCAGCCGCAGACCAGAACAAAACGCAGGCACACGGAGCUGGGUUCACCGUAGAACCUCACACGGAACCGGAUUCAGUCCUGGACACAGCCAGACGUUUAACGGCGGGGGGUUCGGGGGAACCAGGGUGCAUUGGAGGUCCAGUCUGUUCGACAGACUGACACAUGUCCUGAUGUCCUCCCGACUGUCUCACCUGCCAGUCUGAACCCAGGGUUUACUGAGCCCUCACAGGCAGGAUCAACAUCAACAUCUGGAGGACACCCAGGAGACUUCCAGGAACAUAAACCACAUCUGGAAGACAUUCCGAGACAGAGAGACACCUGUGGGACAACCAGGAGAACAUCCAGAGACGAGAACAUCCAGGAGAACAUCCAGAGACGAGAACAUCGGGGAGAACAUCCAGGAGAUAACAAGACAGAGAAAGGUCUGACAGAAAUUAACAUCUGGAGGACAUCUGGAGGCAUUCAGAGACAGAAACAUCUGUGGGACACCCAGGAGACAUUCAGAAACAUAGGAACUACAGGAGGACCAAGAUAAUAGAAGGAGACCUGGAAGACACUGAGAGACGAGGCGACAUUUUAAGAUUCCAUGUAACUGGGACCUUCAGACAUGAACCCGCACCGGUGGACCUGUUUCCCUGUCUCAGCGGUCCUGAUGCUGGUCCUGGUCCAGGUCGUGGUCAAGGCCCGCUUAGCGUCAGCGGGACGCUCUGACAGGAACUCCAUCGAGGACGCCACGGUGAACGCUACCGUCAUGGACCGAGGGUCCGCUGUCCACAUGAUGAGCAGCGAGGACGGGACCUACGGACAGGACUCGCCCAGAAUGGAUGCCCGGGGCGUCGUCCUCACGCCGGCCCUGCAUCAUGGAGUGGUGGACCGGCAGGGCUGCGAUCCAAACACUCGUUUCCUGGUUCCUCCCCGCAACGUCCACUGGGUGGCGCUGCUGCAGAGAGGGAACUGCACCUUCAGAGAGAAGAUCCUGAAGGCGGCCGCCUACAACGCCACCGCCGUCCUCGUCUACAACAACUCCACCGACAAGACCGUCAAGAUGGGCCACGAAGGUACCGGGGACAUUGUGGCCGUGAUGAUCACAGAGGCGUACGGUAAGGAGAUCCUGGCCCACCUGGAGAGGAACCUGACGGUGGUGGUCUCCCUGAGCUACCGCAACCCCAACAAGAACAUGAACCGCGGCUCGCUGGUCUUCGUCUCCAUCUCCUUCAUCGUCCUCAUGAUCAUCUCCUCCGCCUGGCUCAUCUUCUACUUCAUCCAGAAGAUCCGCUACAGCAGCAGCCGCGACCGCAGCCAGCGGCGUCUCGGAGAUGCAGCCAAGAAAGCCAUCGGGAAGCUGACGACGAGGACGGUGAAGAAAGGGGACAAGGAAACGGAUCCGGACUUCAACCACUGCGCCGUGUGCAUCGAAGCGUACCAGCUAAACGACGUGGUCCGAAUUCUGCCCUGCAAACAUGUCUUCCAUAAAGUGUGUGUGGACCCGUGGCUGAACGAACACUGCACCUGUCCCAUGUGCAAACUCAACAUCCUCAAAGCCCUCGGCAUCAUGACCAGUCUCCCCUGUGUGGACACUGUGGUGCUGGACGUGGAGCGUUUGGGCGUGGGACAGACUUCUGGCAGCCAGAGGGGGGCGCUGAGUGACCACAACCAGCCAUCCAUCAGCCUGGAGCCACUUAGCCCCCCCCAUCCUGAGAGCACACCCAGAACACCUGCUGACAUCGCUGUGGCCAUAACCAGUGGAGGUCACUUCUUCAACAGGAACUCCAUGUCUCCUCGGAGCAUCGUCUGUGAGAUGGAGCUGCCGGACAUCCAGGCGUCCCUCGACCUCUACGAGGACAAGUCCUGAGACCAGUCAACACCAAGCCCCCUGCUGAUGGUUGGACGGCUGUGGACCUGGAACGUUCUCACAGAGGGGUUCCUGGUGGAGUGUGGGGCUUUCCGACGUUUUACCAACAAUCCCAAGAUUUUAAACACUGUUCGGUUCUUCCUCAAGUAUUUCUGGAUCAGUUUUCAGAGUUUCCUGAGACGCUCACUGGCGACUCAGCCUCUGUGGAAAUGAGCGGGUUCUCUUAUGGGUUCCCACGGGUUCUGAAUGCUAAAGGACUCUGCAAAGCCAGGUGUUCCGGUGAAGGUCAUUUGAUUUCCAGUGAUGUUCCUGGGAAUGUUUUCUUGUGCCUGAAGGGAUCUGGGUUUGCUGCUCAAAGGUUCUGACGUGUUUCCUUGUAGUGGGCUUUGGUUCUGGAAAUGCAGGGUUUUUUUUCUGGAUCAGUUCCUCAAGUCCUUUGUUUGGGAGCGUCUGGUUUAUAUGUUCAGGAGUUCUGUUGGUUCCUCAGAACAAUCCCGGAGUUCUUCCUCAUCAGCAACAAAGACUUCUGGAAUCUCAAAAGUUCCUCAAAGCAGCUGUACUGCUCUUAGAUUCUCCUCCUGGUACUUUCAACGGUUCUGGAAAAGGUUCCUGUGAUUUUAUUUUUUAUUUUGGUGUCACUAGAACUAUGUCAGUGUGUGUUGACUACAAACCGGACGUGAUCCAGAGCAGAACCGGCCCCUAGAACCGUUCUGACAACAGUGCUUCUCUGGGUGCUGGUGAGCUCCCGUCCUGAUUGGCUGGUUGCUGAUGACCUCAUUAUGAGUCUGGACUUUAAGAGCAGCAUCAGCCUCUGUCAUUACGAGGGAACCAAAACCAGAACAGGUCUGGUUCUUCUGGAGAACAAACUUUCAGCAUCACCAUGGGCGUCCUGUGGUUCUGGUUCUGGAACAUCUGGAUCUGUGGAGAGAAGCUGAGGGUACAGGAACGGACUAAGGGUUCUUCUGCUGACAGCGGCCUCCGUCUGGACGCCAUCGUCCGUGGACUUGUGGAACCUUCUUCUUGGUGUAGAUCCAGCUGGAGGUUCUGCAGGACGAUGGAGCUCCAUAAAUCGUGUUCCUUCAUGUUCUGAAAUGUUCCAGCAGGAAGUCAGAACAAAGCGCCCUCAGAAGGGCCCCUGAAGUGACGGCCUGCUCCUUUAAAGUGUAUUCUGAAGUACUCGGCGUGUAAAACUAUUAGCACUAAUAAUCAGUAUAUUAACAGCAUUAAACAAUCUAUAAUCUGACUGAUUCAUCAGUAAUAAGUGACCUGAAGAUGUUCUGAGAGACGCUCAGCUGCUGAUUUCUGUCCUCAUCUGUGUCUGAUGAUGAUGAUGAUGAUGAUGAUGAUGAUGGGGGGGGGGGUCAUCUGUGUCUACUGCCGCUGCGUCGUGUCUGAUUAAACGUCAUUAAAGUGUCUCCUGCAUUAAGGAGCUGAGUUUGUCUGCC